AGUCCCUUGUGUCUGCAUUUCAUUCACACAUAGCCCACUGACGGGUUCAGCAAGAGCAGACUGGAAAUUUGUACUGCCAAUCGUCAUGAGUGUCGUCAAGUCCAACCUUUCCAUAGCCCAGGAGAAACGGCUUUGCUCACUCUUUGGCCACGUCAAGCUCAGCUUGCUCUUCAAGGCCAGCAUCCAUGGGUACAAGGCUGUGGCUUUCCACUCCAGGUGUGACAGGCAGGGUCCGACCGUCGUCGUCGCCUACAACAAUGCUGGGUUCAUCUUCGGCGCAUAUACCUGUAAAGAUUACCUGCAGACCGGCCAGAAUAUUGCCGACGACAAGGCAUUCCUGUUCAGCUUCAGGGCUGGGGACCAGAACCAAUGCCCACGCCGGAUUCCAGCCAUCAACUCCCAGCAAGCAUUUGGGGAUACAAACACAGGACCCAAUUUUGGAGCCCUGGUGUUUCUACAUGGAAAUGCAGCCAGGGUGGAUAGCGCCCCUGGGACUUUCUACAAUUUCGUUGAGAAUGAAAUGCAUGGAAAUGACCUAAAACUGACAGAGUGUGAGGUGUACAGAGUGGAGGACCUCGGAGGCCUUCUGGAGAAGCCAUGGAGAAAUGUCAAUUGGACAUCUGAGAAAAGGAAGGAACUGAUGGAGGGCAUACAAACCUACAAGCCCACCAUCAACUCGGUUAAACAGGCCCGGAUUCUGCUCAUUGGUCCAGUUGGUGCUGGAAAGUCAAGCUUCUUCAACUCCAUCAACUCCAUCUUCCGGGGUCAUGUGACCAGCCAGGCCAUAUCAGGCAGCGCGGGCACCAGUCUGACCACUCAGUUCCGCACCUACUCCAUCAAGUCAAGUCGGGAUGGCAAGCCACUACCAAUCGUUCUGUGUGACACAAUGGGAUUGGAGGAGACCACGGGGGCAGGGCUUGAUUUGGAUGACAUCACAAGCAUUCUGAAAGGCCAUGUGAUGGACAGAUACCAGUUCAACCCUAUAGUGCCCCUGCAGGCAGGCUCCCCCGGGUACCGUAAAUGUGCUGGCCUGGAGGACCGGAUCCACUGCGUGGCUUACAUGAUUGACGCCUGCAAGGUGACGCUCAUCUCCCAAAAGCUGGAGGAGAAGCUGGGCUCCAUCCGCAGGAGGAUCAACCUGAUGGGUAUUCCCCAGCUGCUGCUCGUGACGAAGGUGGACGAGGCGUGUCGGCAUGUGCACGACGACCUGAAAGAGAUUUAUCGCAGUCACUACAUCGAGAGGAAGGUCCAGGAGGUGGCUGCUCGCCUGGGAAUCCCAGUGUCCUGUGUCAUCCCAGUGAAAAACUACAGCCAGGAGAUGGACCUGGACCCGCACACUGACAUCCUGCUGCUCUCCGCUGUCAUGAAGAUGCUACAUUUUGCCGACAACUACUUCGAUGACAUCUGCAUGGGCAAGGACGAGAAGCAUGAGUAGGCAGAGAGAGGCUUGUGUUCCACUCUCUGUUAUUGUUUCAACACUGUGCACCCCCCCCCCCCCCCCUUUUUUUUUUUUGUUAAAACCAGGGAUACUCCUGUGCUCCUCUUUCUGUUAAAUGUUAAUCCUAAUGAUCCUCUGCUCCACCCUCUGUUAAACACUGUUGUAUGCCUGCGCAGCACUCUCUGCUACACACGGCAAUAGCUCUGAUCUUGCAUUGAGUCAUUGCUUCUCAUUGCUUUUAUCAACCUGUUGAUCUACUUCCCCAUGUGUCCCCAUAUGGCCCUGGUCUUCUCGUGUCUGCACUGGUGUAACUCCCUUCUUACCCGUCUUUCUGCCUGUGCCAUCAAACCCCUGCAGCUAAUCGAGAAUACAGCUGCACAACUUAUCUACAACCUCCCUAAAUAUAGUAACGCCCCUCCUCACUUCAUUUCGCUGGCUUCCUGUUGGCGGUCAGAGCACGUAAAAUCCCUCGGUGCUGGCAAACAGGACCCGUGAAUGGGACAGCCCCCAUCAUACCUCCCAUCAUGGUGCCUGUCUGUACUGGUCCCCCAGUGGUGGAAUGAACUUCUCACGGGGGUCAGGAGAGCAGAAUCACUGACCUCCUUCAGACACAGACUGAAGACCCAUCUCUUCAAAUUGCCUCUGUGUUCCCCUUCAAUGCCCACCCCUUAGCCCCUGCCACUUGUACUAGUAUUAUUUGCCCCUCAUUUACUUGUAGUAUGGCUAUGAG